GCGCGCGGGAGGGGCAGGGAGGCGUGCGGAGCCGGAACCGCCCUCCAGCGGCCGGGCGGGCGCACGCCGCGGUCGCAAGCUGCUGACGUGGGCCGGCCGCGAAGGGGGUCGGGGGUGUGUGUGGGUCGCCAUGGCGGUGGAUAUCACGCUGCUGUUCCGGGCCAGCGUCAAGACGGUGAAGACGCGCAACAAGGCGCUGGGAGUGGCAGUGGGCGGCGGGGCUGACGGCAGCCGCGACGAGCUGUUCCGCCGGAGCCCCCGGCCCAAGAGCGACUUCUCCAGCCGGGCGCGGGAAGUGAUUUCGCACAUUGGCAAACUGAGAGACUUUCUCCUGGAACACAGGAAAGAUUAUAUCAAUGCAUAUAGCCAUAUCAUGACUGGGUAUGGGAGGAUGACAGACCCGGAGCGAGACCAGAUCGACCAGGACGCCCAGACGUUCAUGAGGACCUGCUCCGAGGCGAUUCAGCAGCUGCGAACGCAAGCCCACAGGGAGAUCCACUCCCAGCAAGUGAAGGAGCACCGAAGCGCUGUUUUGGAUUUCAUUGAAGAUUACCUAAAAAGAGUAUGUAAACUUUACUCGGAACAAAGAGCCAUCCGGGUUAAACGAGUGGUGGAUAAGAAAAGACUAUCUAAGCUGGAGCCAGAACCGAGGACGAAGACCAAGGAAUCCGUGUCUUCCGAGAAAGUGUCCCAGGAUCCUCCACAAGACUCUGAAGAAAAACUCGUCCCCGAGGAACACCCAGAAAAGGUUCCGGCCGACUCCCAACCUGAAUUGGGCACGUGGGGAGAUGGCAAAGGCGAAGACGAAUUAUCCCCAGAAGAAAUACAAAUGUUUGAACAAGAGAACCAGCGCCUAAUUGGUGAGAUGAACAGCCUGUUUGAUGAAGUGAGGCAAAUCGAAGGGAGAGUGGUUGAAAUUUCCAGGCUCCAAGAAAUCUUCACAGAGAAGGUACUACAACAGGAAGCGGAGAUCGACAGCAUUCACCAGUUAGUCGUAGGGGCAACUGAGAAUAUCAAGGAGGGCAACGAAGACAUCAGAGAGGCCAUUAAAAACAACGCUGGCUUCCGCGUGUGGGUCCUCUUCUUCCUGGUGAUGUGCUCCUUCUCCCUGCUCUUCCUGGACUGGUACGACAGCUAGUCUGCCCCGUUCACGCCUGGCGCGCGGUGCGCCGUCGAGGGGCUCCGGCAUCGGAGCGGGGCUGUGCCCAGAUUAUACCGCAUUUGGGGGGAGGGGGGCCGCGACAGACCUACACACUCUCACAGAAGGGAUGCCCAGACCUGUGGUCUUCAGCCCAUUUAGUAGCUGAAAAAGAAAACGCAGAUUGGAGGUGGUCUGUGUGGCAGUCCCAAGGCAGGGUGGAGGAGAGGGGGGUCGUUGCCGGCGGCACCCUAACAGGAGGCCGAUGUGGAGGGGCUGCCGGAAGCACCGACCUUGCCCUUCCGGUGGCUUUAGGAGAAGUGCUGGGUAAUAACUUCUCACAACAAGUGGUCAUCACUUUGUUUCCUGUGGCUUCUUGUCUGCCUGAGCCAAGUGCUGCAGUCACUGUAUUGUAGAAAACUCACCUUUGCCUCACGGAUCUAAUAAACGCAACUACAGCUACUCAGUGUACCGUCAGUGGGUCCGAAUACAGAAGUCCGGCGGAUGCCUGCCUGUCUGCCUGUCAGGGAAGGCGUGUGGCCACCGGCCCUGGGCACUCACAAGGGACCACCAGGGCCCAGGAGCAUCUGUCCAGAGCAGGAACCUGGCCAGCUGCCCUUGGCCCUGUGCACCCGUCCCUCUAGAAACCAAACAGGGAUGCCUGUUUGCAGCGGGAGGCACCGGGCUUCUGGAGCCACGUCCGUGCCGGCGUUCGCGGGGCCCCCAGCCGCUCCCUGCAAAGCCAGUCUGUGGUGCAGCCACGGGGACCCUUGUGUUCUUUAUUUGCAUGGAGUGAAAUGUCAGAAGUUACAUGUGAAUGCGUUUACCGUCAAUAAAAUGUCUACUAGAAAAUA